AUGGGAACUGCAGAAACCAUCCAAGUCGAAGGAGAGAUCCAGAAACAAUUGGAUCUUGAAGUGAGAGACAUGGUUUCUGCUCUAACUCAACGUGUCUCAGAGCUUCAGCGCACUACUAAUAACAUGACCAAAUCUGGGUCGACUCAAACCAAUGCUGAAGGGAAGGAGGUUGAUGAUGAUAAUGCCGGGGGACCACGAGUGAUCACACUUGCCGGAAGCAACACCGGAGCGACGAUGCGGACUGGGAAGGGCGAGAUGUCUGAUCAGCCUUACAGCCUUCGAUGGGGAGAGGUGGAGGAGGAGGAGGAGGAGAUGAGCACCUACGUGAAUAGCAAUUUCCAAUCCAUCAAUAAUUCUCUUAUUUUUGGUGGGAGUUACAACUCCAACGAUCCUGGUGUUCAUAUGGAAAUCAUGAAUGACAUUUACAAAUAA